GGUGGCGUCCUCUCUUAUCUCCCCAUUAAACCGUGUAAUUGACUUGCGAGCGAGUGUCUUCGCUUCAAUCCCCAAAUGAAGUGAAAAUCUGGGCACUUGGUAGCCAUUUUAUCGUUAGCUCGUUGGUUUUUCGGCGUGUAUUUUGAAUUUGUGUUGCCCGUUUUAAUCAGUGUCUGUGCCUCAAUCGUGCGAGAUAAACUCAAUAAUGCGUGUGUACGGAUCGUUGUGUUGACACAAACCAAACGCGACAUCCGCUCCGAGCUCAUCCUUGGUGCUUCAGGCGGUGUUAGAAAUCAAUCGAAGCCCUGGAAGGUGUCCAAGUCCAAACCAUGGGCAACAAUGCCGCAACGGCGAACAAAAAGGUCGACUCCGCCGAAAGCGUGAAGGAGUUCCUCGACCAGGCCAAGGAGGACUUCGAGGAGAAGUGGAAGAAGAAUCCGACAAACACCGCCUGUUUGGACGACUUCGAGCGCAUUAAAACCCUAGGUACGGGUUCAUUCGGACGUGUAAUGAUCGUCCAACACAAACCCACGAAAGAGUACUAUGCGAUGAAAAUCCUCGAUAAGCAAAAGGUGGUCAAGUUGAAGCAGGUGGAGCACACCCUCAACGAGAAGCGCAUCCUGCAGGCGAUCAGUUUCCCGUUCCUAGUCAGUCUGCGGUUUCACUUCAAAGACAAUUCGAACUUGUACAUGGUGUUGGAGUAUGUGCCUGGAGGAGAGAUGUUUUCGCAUUUGAGGAAAGUCGGACGCUUCUCUGAGCCACAUUCGAGGUUUUAUGCUGCCCAAAUUGUGCUCGCUUUCGAAUACUUGCACUAUCUAGAUCUGAUCUACAGGGAUCUGAAACCGGAGAAUCUUCUCAUCGACUCGCAGGGAUACCUCAAGGUCACCGAUUUCGGGUUCGCUAAACGCGUCAAAGGUCGCACCUGGACCUUAUGUGGUACCCCCGAAUAUCUCGCACCGGAGAUCAUCCUCAGCAAGGGUUACAACAAGGCGGUGGACUGGUGGGCACUAGGUGUCCUAGUCUAUGAAAUGGCGGCUGGAUAUCCUCCAUUUUUCGCCGACCAACCCAUUCAAAUCUACGAGAAAAUCGUUUCGGGGAAAGUGCGUUUUCCCUCACAUUUCGGUUCCGACCUGAAGGAUCUCCUCCGUAACCUACUCCAGGUGGAUUUGACAAAACGUUACGGUAAUUUGAAAGCCGGCGUUAACGACAUCAAAGGUCACAAGUGGUUUGCGUCCACUGAUUGGAUCGCGAUUUUUCAAAAGAAGAUUGAAGCACCUUUCAUACCCAGGUGCAAGGGACCUGGAGAUACGAGUAAUUUCGACGAUUACGAGGAGGAGGCGUUGCGUAUCUCUUCGACGGAGAAGUGCGCCAAGGAAUUUGCGGAGUUUUGAAUUUUUUUAUGUGUAAGUAGCCUUGCCAUUUCCUCAGGCUAUUGACGGACUUCCAGCCGAGGGUUUUUGUAAGAUUGGUGAUUCUGCACCUAAUUGUACAGGGUGAGUCAUUUAUACGCAUUCACUUGGGUAUGGUAGUUUUUGCCAAAUAAAAAUAAUUCCAGUGAAAGUUUUUUUAGUAAUUUAAUAACAUAAGAUUGAAAAUGUACUGUGUUAGAGAAAAUUGUGCUUGCAGAGCUUUAGCCACAUUUUAGCCGUUUAUUUAUGACCACACUUAUGUUGUCUUAUGCUGGUUUUACACAGCAUAAGAUGUGGCUAAAGUUACACUUCACUUUCAAGGCUUGCUCUAAUUUAGUACAUUUUCGGUCGCAUGUUAUGUAGUACCGAGCAAUGAAAAUGAGGGUGCUUCGAGCGUUAAGUUAAAUUUAACCAAUUUACUAAUUACUUGGAAAAAAUACAGAAGUGUUGAGCUUUGCAUUCUCAAUAUACUGCGACUAAAACUAAAAUUUUCACGUGAAACAUGAUAAAAAAAUAUUUAAAAUUAGCGCUUCGCUCCAUAAACGAUUAAAGGUACAAGAAAAAUCGUGGGUUUAAAGGUAAAAAUAAUAAUUAAUUGGUAAAUAUAAAAAAACAAAAUAAUUCAAGAAGUUAUUUCUACAUAAAUGCUAUUUGCCAAUAAGUGAACGUAAUGUUGAACAAUUGCAGUAAGACGCUCAUGUGCACUUAAUCAAUUUCUUGUGCAAGUAUUGCAUGUACUACAGUGAAGUAAUGCCAUAUAUUGCCAAAAAUUAUUUAAUAUUGUCAAGUAUUGUUUUACAUUACUUCCACAAAAAGCCAAAAUAAAAAGCCGUAUAUUACAUUGUACCCAUGGAGGGAGAAACUUGUGGAAGGAUAAACUUGUGGAGGGAGCAUAAGCGAGAAACUGCGGUCCUUGCACAAACACCUUUUAUAACUCGUUCAAACUGCGCGCGCUAACUUUCUUUCUCACUUGAAAUUUUAAACCAGUGGUGUAAUUCAUUAUUUAAUUUUGGGGGCAUUUGCAAAGUUUGCAGCUCCUCAUUGUCAAAAAACACCAACCGUUAAUAGUACUAACAAUUAACACUAUUACGUGUCAUUACUUAAAACUACCAUAAUGUAUUAAAACAAAAACUGUUUAAUGUUUAAAGUAAAAAGAACUUAAAUAUUCUGACGUUAUAGAAUGUUUCUGCCUUUAGGCGGGAAAUACAGAAUGUUUGUAGGUUGUCACUUUCUCUCCACACGUUUCUUCCUCCACGCUACAUCUAAAAGUAUAAAUGUGCAAUAUCUAAAUACUGAUUUCAAGAAAGAAAUUUACACGAAACAAUCCAAAAGUAAACAUUAAUCGAUUUUAUUUUUUCCGUGCCUAAUAAAAGUAACACUUAAUUUGAAAUUAAAACUUUUGAUUUUUAUUUUUAAAGUUUAUUUUACCGUAUCUCGAAAACGAGCAUUUGCUAUUAAAUACUUGAAUGUUUUUACUAUGCAUGUGAAUUUUUUCAAAAAUUGCCUACAGUUGCUUAUACAAAUCACAACUAAAUAAUGAAUAUAGUUUAUAUUUUCACCUGAGGAUGACCACUUUGUGGUUGAAUAUAGAGUCAAUGAAAAAAAUAUUUUUUUAAUAUUUGUACUGACAUUCCGAAAUCAACGAUGCUUGAAUUAUGAUUUCUGCCAGCAAGAAUUACGUAGUCUCAAAAAAGCCUCUAAUUACCUUACAUUUAAAUUGUAACAAAAUUUUAAUUCACGAUUUAUUUAACCCAUUCCAAGUAAAGUGAAUCGCAACUUAAUUCAUAUUAGUUAUUAAUUAAUUAAUUCUUAGUGUUCUGUUAAAUUUAACGGCAAUUUACUUUACAAAAUUCAAUUUCAUCGCGAAUAAAUUUAAAAUUUUAUUAGGAUUAUGUGCGCUUCAAAGUGAAUAAACUUUAAUUUUAGUACUUUUUUUGGGGUCACCGACAAUUUUUUAAUGAUUUUUUUUACAAAAUAACAUCUAAUAUUUAAUAAUAAUUAUAAUGGAUUUAUAAGGGUCGGUUUAUAGAAGCGUCAUUAAGUUAAUCUGCAAUUAAAUGCGUGAUUAACUGAUUAAACUAAUUCAAAUUAAGUUGUCAUUUAUUUUGCAUUUAGAAACGUCAAGUUAAUCGCUAAUUAAAUUUUAAUUGCGAUUAAAACGUUUCUUAGACUUUUUUUACUGAACAUUUUACGAAAUUUUGAUUGGCGUUUACAUUUAAAUGGCAACUUUUUUGAAUUAGUUUAAACCUGAAUUAUAUUUUAAUUCGCCUUCUGUAAACCUGUCAUUGUAUUAAUUUCUUAAUUUUAAUUGUAAGGAAUUGUAGAAAUAAUUCGGAAAAAUUCACAUGUACAUAGAGAAAAACAUAAAGUAAUUUAAUAACAAAUGUUGAUUAUUGUAUGGUUGUUAAUUUUUGAAAUACAGUAAAAAUGUACAUGAAGAAAAACUUUCAAUGACUGUUUCGCUUUUACGUUCACUUUAUUUCAUCAUCUUCAACUUUUAAUUAUUUUAAAAACAUUAUUUUUCUUUCAUGAAAUUUUAGCUUUGAUUUACAUUUUCCAAAACACUCAAAUUUAAAUGGUUUUUUUGACCUUUCUGUGGAGUGUAAUCUUUCAAAUUUAGUUUAUUCACUUACAAUAAGCAAGUUUUUAUUUCCGUUUUUAAUUUAAUAUGUAUUUAAGUUCCACUACUAGUUUAGUUCUUCUUUACCUUUACUUUUUUUAUGUUCAAUAGUGGAGUACAUAGAUUGUAAUGUUCUGUAAAAGGAACAGCUUUGUGCUUUAACAAAAAAUGCAAUAUGAUGACUAUUUUACUAAGAAAUUUAAUUCUCUACAACUUUCCUCCAAAAAGUUUUUUCGGAUGUGUAAUCGUAUUGACUCGUUUGAGUGCAAAUUGGUGGAAGUUGGAACUUUUUUUAAAUAUAGUUGACGAUAUAAUUUUUGCAUUCAUGUUAUGUCUUACCAUUGAGAAUUUAAUUCUCUACAUGUCUGUAUUUUUUGUUAGCCUUGUGCUAACCGUUAUUAAAAUACAGCCAUUUUUUUAAAAUUCGUUGCUUUGAAAACAGAAAACUGCGCCCUCUAGCGACAUUAAUGGAACUAUUGAGAAUGGGGCCGUUUUAUUUGUACGUUGUUUCGUAUCCUAAUCUAUAGUAAUCCAUAAUCUUGACUAAGCUACGCAUGUACUUCUUUAAUUUGCCAAUUAAUCUCCGAAAAUAUUUUUCUUUUUUUUUUCUUUACCGGUUUGUCACCGUGAAGAAAAAUUAUUUCUUUACCGGUUUGUCACCGUGAAGAAAAAUUAUUUCUUUUUUCUUGUUUUACAUGUAACUUAUUUUUGAUUAUAACCUUAUAACCGAGAUCAUAACUUAUUUUUACGUAACACUACCGAAUGUCAAAUUUAAAAGCUUAAUUUUGCUUUUAUUACGCAAUAUGUAGGACACUAGAAAACUUUUACUGGAAUGAAUUUUGUUCACCAUUCGUUAUUAUUUGGCCUACGUUUAUGUGUAUAAGACUCACCCUGUAUUACUACUUUCUUUUCGAAUCCUAUGCAAGUAUUACGUGAUGGAGAUUUUUAUGAUUAGUGGUUAUUUUUAUUUUUAAUUGUAAAUAUUGUAUAAUAGCCGGGCUAGGUUGCACUAUUUACAUUAAAUAGUGGGCAGUUUAUUUCUCUUUCUCUUACUAUUAAUUAAACGUGGGUGCAGAGUGUCCAAUCUAAGCUGUGAAUUCGCAUUAUGGUACAAACCUACCUUUUUAAUUGUAAGAUCAAGACCUUUAGCGACAAUUGCCUGUCACACUUCCAUAGUACUCUGAUUCAAUCAUUGUUAGUAAUUUGACAAAACAGUUUUUAUUUUUAAAUUCAUAAAGCACCCAAACAUGUCUCCUAGUCACUACUAUGUAGUUACUAUACAUUUAUUGUUACUAAUAAUGGUUAUUAUUAUCAUGUAUUCAUACAAAUAUGCAAUAUACAUAGUUGAAACAAGUUUUGUUCAUUUAUUUAAAGAAGAAAAAAGACAGUUUAGUAACAACACACAAAUAUCCUUUAUAUGUAUAUAACGAGUUUCAUCUUUAUUGGAAAGAGUUAUUUCAAGGAUGUUCAAAAAAUAAUUGCAGCAUGUGAAAAUAAGAGUCCAAGGCCAAUAAUGCUGGGGUUGUUUUGUUUUUUGUGAUGAUGAAUCGACAAAGUUUCUUGUGAAAUUGAAUUGGCAACUUUGAAUAAUAAGUGCCAAAUAAAAACAUUAAAAACACUAUUCAAUAUUGCCAACUUGAUUUCAUAAUCACGGACCACUUUAAGCCGAAAUUUAAUUAAACGCGUGAUAUGUUUUUUUGUUGUCACAUUGGAAUUUAUUGCAUCCUGAGUGCAUACACGUUGUUUUUAAUGGAGCUAUUUAAAGAGGACCAUAAAAUGAUAUAAAGGUGCAAGAUAAAAAAUUUACUGACGCUGAAAUGUACAGAAUGAGUCUUGUAAAAGUAUAUUUGCAUAAAUUGUUUCAGAUUUUUUAAAAUUAAUUCGCUGAAAAAACUGGAAAUGAAUUUUUUUAAAAACUUUGAUUACCUAUCUGAUGACCCAGUUAACUGAAAUUUUGCAGACAUACGUAAUCUUUGUCACAUUACGAUAAUAUUUACUUUAAUUAAUACUUUACAAGUGAUUAACAAUUUUUAUAAACAGUUAUCAGUAAGACAGCUCUUAAUUUUUACCUAUUAUUAUAAAAUUUUGUUAUUUUUUUUUAUACCGACUCAAAAGUAACGCACAAAAAUCAUAUUUUUGUUAUGUGUCAUAUUUCAAAAAAUCCUCGAGUAUGUUGAUUUUAUUCUUUUAAAUCACAAUUGAUAUUUUUAGGUUUUAGAUAGUCCACAUUUUUGUCUUUCUAAUAAGUAUUAAAAAAAUUAAAAAAAAACAAAAAAAACUAAAAAAUAAAAUUUAAAAAGUUGUUGAGAUUAUUACACAAAGCUUCAUCUUUUCUGUCUUGCUUUAUUUUAUAAGGGGUAAUUGUUUUUUGUUUAUUUUUGUGUUUAGGUGUCAUUUUAAGUGUUUUCGUGCUAAUUAUACAAAAAAAAAUACAAAAAACAAUUGCCGCUUAUAAAAUAAGUCAAGAAUAAAAAAAUAAAGAGCCCAUUAUGUUUAAUUGUCAAUAUUAUUUUAUUUUGUUAAGUUUAUUCUUUUAUUUAUUUUUAAUUUUUUUGUUAUUAUCAUAAAGAUAAUGGUAUACUAUCUAAAACAGUGAAUAAAAACGUUGGUUGCCAUUUACAAAAAUUAAAAUGACGUCAUUACUGAAAAACGAAUGACAUCAUAAAUGUCACUGAAGUCAAAAUGUAACAUUUAAGAAACAAAAAGCGACCUGUUUGAAUUUUUUUUUUUUGAAAAAUGACUAUUAAAGAAGUAACUUUUGUUCGUUACUUUUGGUUCAGUCUGUGUAAUUAUACAGAAAAGUUUUAUACAGAAAAGUUUUAAAAAAUAAAUUACUCAAAAAGUAAAAAAUGUAAAUUUUAAUACCAACAAAAAAAUACAAACAAAAAAAUUCUUCAUCAAAAAUACAUUUUUUAAGUGCCUGAAACUUGAAACUUCCGGUUUAAUUUUUUUCAAGUGUAUUUAAGAAAAAAUGUACAGUUGCGAUAAAAAAUAAUGACACAUCUAACACCGCAGUCACAAAUCUUUUUGUUAUAAUACGGUUAAUCUGUACGUUUGGCUAGUUUAUAAAUUAGCUGAAUAUUGUGUAAACUAUCUGGACAGUUUGUAAACUAACCUGUUUAUUGAAGUAUAUGACCCAAAAGAUCUUAGUCGGACUUUUAUAUCAAGUCCGAUUGGUAGGGGUGUCAUUCUUUUUGAUCGUGACUGUACCACUAGUUGAUAACUCAGAAACAAUUUUUUACUUUGAAAAAAUAAAAUUGGCUUGUUCCAGAAUUUUUGUCAAAUCAAAAUAUUUCCAGUUUUAAUAAGAUUGUAUAAUGUCGUUUUUUAUUAUUUCUAAUGACAUUUUGGAAGAAAUGAUGUCGCUAGUUCCUUAAAAAACUUUUUCAGUGAAUUAAUAAUCAAUAUUCAAUAAUUAUGAGGCAUUGUAGAAAAAUGUGCUUUAAAUAUUUUAAAGUAAAGUAAAAAUAUACUUUUAACAGACUUAGAGCCGGUUUACAGAAAGCGAAAUUAAGAUUUAAUUCCAAAUUAAACUAAUUUGAAUUAAGUUGCCAUAUAAAAUGCAUUGACAAAUGUCAAGUUAAUCGCGAUUAAAAUUUAAUUGCAAUUAAAAUGUUCUGUAAACCGGCUCUAAACCUGUAUUUUUUAAAUAACAAAAUGUAUGGAACUAAGUUGUGUUUUGAGUUGGAAUACUUUACUAAUUUAUAUUUUAUAUUUCAUCAAGUGUCAGGUCAGUCAAUUAUUUAGCCAAUUAUAAUUUUGAGAUGCCGUUGUGAGUUUGAAAAAAUAACUCACAAACACGUUUAUCGUGCUUUAUAGUUAUUUUUUUCUGUAACGCUGGGUUCCAUGCUUUUUGUAUGUACAUCUUGUGACCUUGACUCACUUUGCACAAUUAGUAUUUAUUUUAAAAUAUUAGUAAUCAAAUAAAUUUGUCUGUGAUGCGACCGUUCUCAUUUAUCACAACUUGAAAUUACAAUAAUAUUAAUAGAAAUUUUUACGUAAUAAAAGGUGUUGGACGAGUUUCACGAAAUAAACAGAUUUCAUCAUCAUUUUCUAAACAGGACAACUCGACUAGAAUUAUACUUUGGUGAAAGGGUGAUCAUUAUUGUGUUUCAUUGGUGAUUUUUUUCUGUAGACGCAAACAGGUUGUGUGGGUUUGCUCUUGUUAUUAUGUCAUCAAAAAAAAUUCGUCAAUUGAAUAAACUUACAUUUUUAAAUAAAAUCGUGCAGAAAAGAAUCAAAUGAUGAAAAUGAGACUAAUAAACUGUUCUCGUUUCAGCCAGAGAUUCGGGAAAAAUCCGGCAUUCAGGACACAACACAUUCAGUGUCGUCGUCGAAUUCUCCUCACGUUAAUAAUCUAUUUAUUUUUGUGUUAGUGAAGUGUUGGUUCUUUUCUGUAUUCUCUUCCAUUGGUUCGUUUUUAUUGUGAUAAUUUAAUUGGAGGAAAACACCAAAUGUACACCUACCUACCAUGUAAAUACCGAUGAAUUAUUUUUUGAACAUUUCGGUUGGGGUCGCUGGUGUUCGGGUGUUAGUUUUUUGCGCUCCAUUGGUUAAUUCUCUUUAAACCGACAGGUCGAUAACCAGUUUGUGAAUUGAAUUAUUUUUAGUUGAUUGGUUGUUAAUUUGUUUAUGUGGUCGUAUGGAUAUUAGCAGUUUGGUGUUCCAUUGUCGCCCAUGUACUUUUAGUGUAGUUUAUUUUUACGUUACCUGUGUUUUUGGUGCUUUGCGAAAAUAGCUUUAUUUAAUGAGAUGUUGAAUACAUAUAAAUAGGUACAGUGUUUGAGACCAUACUUCAUAGUGUCUGCAUCUCCUCCUUAUUACUUACCUACCUAGCGAUUCGACCUUAAGAUAAUGCAGCGUUUUAUAAAUAGCUUCUGUUUAUUACAAACAGGCACUUAUUCGUUGUUACAUUGCGAUUAGGGACAUCAACAGGUUUUACUUUCUCUGAUAAGGCAUUUGCAGAGGUCGAAUCCGAAUAUGCGUUGACAGUGGCUGGAUGGAGCAAAAGAUCGACAAAAUUAAUAUUUGAAGAAAAAACACAAACAAAUAAUUAGUGUGUCAUAAAAUAUAACGAUAAAAUUGUAAAUUUGUUCGAGAUAUCGUGCUAAAUUUUUAAUUUGUUUUUAGUCGUCAACUUACAAUUUUUUCGGCCAAGACUGUUCUACAGUGUUAGUCUACUAAAAGUAUAUUUUUACUAUAUCCGAUGUUUCGCUUUGUAUCAGGAAAAAUAACACAAGGAAUGAAUCAAAUGACAAAAACUAUUGGAUAGGUGGUGACUGUCAACUUUUUUAAAAUUAACAUUUGUAAAAAAAAUUAAUUACUGCGUUAUAAAAUAUUACGAUAAAAUUGUAAAUUUUUUCGAAAUUUCCUGUAAAAUUUCUAACUUGUUUUCAAUUGAUAACUUACAUUUUUUUUUCUAAUGACUGUUCUACAGGGUUAGUCUACUAAAAGUAUGUUUGCAUUAUAUCGGGUGUCUCGGUUAGGCAUUUUUUUCUGACCAAAUAAUAGUAAAUAAACAAAAAUACUAUUUUUUGAUUCGAAUAACUAGCUAAUUAUGUAACUAACUAAACAGUUUAAUGAAAUGAAAGAAAGUUUUUCUUGAAAUUAACUAAAUGCCAAUUUACAUCACGCUUUUUUAAUGGUUAUUUAAAAAAUAUGUACAGGGGUGUCAUUUGAAACAAGAAUGACAGUCACCGUUUUGACAAUUUUAUCCAAUAGAUUUUGUUAAUUUAUUUAAGAAUAUAUUUUGUUUGUUUGUGAAAAAAAAUUCUUAAGGGGGUGAAUAUCAAAGUGAAGCACCCGUUAUCUCAAAAACGAAAAAUCGCACAGAAUUCAGCGUUUCCUAGUAAAUACUUUGCAUCUUUUUCUAUAUCCGUGAAUUUUUUCCGAAUUUUUCUAAAAUUCCUUAUAAUUAAAAUUAAUUAAUUAAUUAUUACCAAGUAGCUGCAAUGUUUUUAUUUCUUGUGGCAUUUAAGAACAAGCGGUGUUUAAAUUUUGUUUUUACAGAAGAUAAAAAUGACCCAAGCACUAAAAAUUAAUUCAAAAAAUUUUAAAAAUUAAAUCAUUUUUUUCCGUAUUUUUUUUAACAUCAUUUAAGUAUCGUUUGUUUGAGAAUCAAAAUAAAAAUAAUAAAAUUUCAAUUAAUUGAUUUAUUUCUUAUAUUUAAUUUAAUUCGUAAAUAAUUAAUUUUAAUUACAAAAAUUAAAAACAGAUAUUAGCUGUUUCAAAACUAUAAAAACGCCAACGUCUCAUUUUCCCGAAUUAUUUUUUAAAUAAGAGUGAUAAAAUUGUAAAAUAGUUAUAAAUGAUUAGAUCUCUCAUUACAACUAUAAAUUUCAUCGGCUAUUAUUUCCUUGAAGUGCGUGAAUAAGCUAAUUUUGAGAGAAAGUGCGACGUUGGCGUUUUUAUAGUUUUGAAACAGCUAAUACAUGCAUAGAAAAUAAACAAAGUACUUAAUUGCGCACACUGAUGUUUGUGUGAUAAUUAGUUUUUGAGAUAUAGGAAAAAUAUCAGGCUCACCUUAUACAGGGUUAGUCUGUUAAAAGUAUAUAUUUUUACAAUAUCUCGAAAACUAGUAAUUGUACAGAAUUUAGCGGUCGGUAUUAAAUACUUUGUAUUUUUUUGUAUCUCUGAAUUUUUUCUGAACUUUUUACAAUUUCUCAUAAUUCUAAUUAAUUAAUUAAUUAAAUACUAUUAAGUUGCUGCAACAAAUGUAAUUUCUUGUGUUAUUUGAGAACAAGCGAUUAAAUGUUGUCAUUUAGGUACCGUUGGUUUAGAUAAACUUUAUAUUAAUUAUUUCCAAUUUUUUUAUUUAUUGAUAUGAAUUUUUUUAAUUAAUUAAUUUUAAUUAUCAAAGAGAGUAGAAAAAUUUUGAAAAAAAUUUACAUACAUAGAAAAAAGAACAGAGGAUUUUAUUGUACACCCUGAUUUCUGUGUGAUUAUUAGUUUGAGAUACAGUAAAAAUAUUACACUCACCUUAUACGACCCCCCCCUCGUUAUAAUUAAUUAAUUAUUUAUUUUUUUCUUGUUUUGUUAUCAAAUGUCAGAUUUUACGCCUAAUUUUGACGUGACGUUGUCAUUUAUUACGUAACUAGUUAACGGUCUUGGCUAAUUGAUUUGUUUACUGCUUUUUUUAAGUAAAAUUGCACGAAUAAAUUUAUAAUUUACGACGGAAUUCGCAAAAAUUAUGUACGUGAUACGAUAUGAAAAGUCUGCUGUGGUUUAACUCGCAUAAUUUGCUGCGCUGCGCUCACUCGUUUUGGCAAACAUUAUGCUUGUUGAACAAAAUCGGAGUAUUUGAACCAAUAGGGAUAUUAGUUGUGUCGUCUGUUGCUCGUCCGUCCAUUUUGUACCUCUCGAUAUUUUCGAAAGCGUUUUGCAAAUGUUGUAAAUAUAUUCAUAAAGUCUUAAUUCGCGGCUUCGUCGUGCGAAAAAAAAGUGUGAAAGUUUGGUGCGAAAUCCUUUCAUGUAAUCGUUAGAAUCCGACUGCAAGUGCUUCUAGAGUAUGUAAAUGUAUGUAAUAUUUCAUCAACACUGUCACUCCAUCGAUCCACACAUACACACACUUUAUGGUUAUUAAUAUUAUUAUAAGUAAUUGUGCUUUACAAAUCCCAUUGUGUCCAAAUAAAAAAAGCGCUGAUCGGUCUUAGUAGAUAGCCUUUAUAGGAAUUGGAACACAUGUGUACAUUUUAUCUUAGAUAUAGGCCUUACUUUUGGGGUUCGUGUAGCAAGGGUGUGCUCCAUUCAUUUAAGCAAAUAUAAGUGGACACACUGGACAAUAUUCUAAAACACAUCGUUUUUAUCGUUCGUUUGUAUUUGUUUGUUUGUUAUCAAACGUGGGCGUUAGACGAACCUCAUACAGGACGUUUCAGUCGAUCAGUACAUGUAUUCAAAAAUUGAAAUGUUUUGCAGAGGAUGUGGAUUUUUAUGUUUGUUGUAUCAUGUUGAGUUUACCUGUAUAGAUUUUUGUCCUAUAACUAACGCUACCUAUGAAAUAUUGUCAUUUAGCGCGCUGUUCUUUAAAAACCAGUUUUAAAAUGUUGUUUUGAACAAAUUAAGGAAUAAAACAAAGACUCCUA